UAGUUAUUUUAUUACAUUUUUAUAAUAAGAGGAUUAAGAAAAUUGGUGGUAUUGGCACACAGAUUAUAUAUAGCAUAUACUGCACAGCUAUCCAAUUACUCGUCUUCGAUAUUACCAACCCAAAAUCCCAACAUCCCCUCGUUUCCUCAUCUCAACUUAAUUUUCUUCCCAUCUCCAAUCAAAUUUAUCCAAUUAAUGGCCUAUCCGCCGGCGUUUCAGCUACCCGCACAGACCGUGUCCGCCCCCUUGCCCAAUCCCGUGGCGGUGUUAGGCCCUCAGUUUAUCGCUCCUUAUCCCGUGGAUCUGAGAAUCACGAAGAAGCUGAUGACCCUGGCGGAAGGUUCCUUCGCGGUUACGGACAUUAACGGCACCCUGAUGUUCAAGGUGAAAGGGUCGGUGUUCAGCCUCCGCGAUCGCCGCGUUCUUCUUGACGCCGCUGGGAACCCCAUAAUCACUUUUAUGCAGAAGCUGAUUUCAGCGCAUAGAACAUGGUACGCGUAUAGAGGGGAGAGCACGGAUUCAGAAGAUCUGUUAUUCACGGUGAAGAAAUCGUCGAUUUUACAAUUCAAGACACAAUUAGAUGUGAUAUUAGCCACAAACAGCUCGGGUAGCGGGUGCGAUUUUAAGAUAAAAGGAAGCCUGCUGGAGAGAGCUUGCACUAUUUAUCUUGGGGAUGGCUCCUUCGUCAUCGCUCAGAUGCACAAGGAACACACUUUACAGAGCAUUGUGUUGGAUAAGGACACGUUUGGAGUGCUGGUUUAUCCGAACGUGGAUUUUGCGUUCAUCGUUGCACUUGUGGUCAUUCUCUUCGAGAUCAACGAGGACAGGAGCGGCGAUGAUUAGAUGAAAACAACCACCCCGGCCCUUUUAUAUAUAUAUAUUAUUAUUAUUGUUCUAAUUUCCCAUCUACUUCUACAUUUGUGCACAAUUAGACAUGGAGCCUUGGUUAUUUGUUUGAUCUGCUUUUGGUGCUUCAUGGGUUGGGUUGUUAAAAGCUACAUGUAUUUUUCUCUCCUAAUUCUGUGUUUCGUUAUCAAAAAAUAUAUAUUUCUUCUGUA